GUACAAGAUUAUCGCCGCAAUCGGCGUUAAGAUCGCCAAGAUCACUCCGUCCCGUGGUUUCGCGAUCGAGCUCGGUUCCGCCAUGACGGUAAUCUUCGGCACCCGGCUCGAGAUCCCCCUCUCCACCACCCAUUGCCAGAAGCCUGAAAACCGUCCAAGCGUUUGA